AUGGAGUACCAACGAGCUUUAAAGCAUAAAAAGAAGGAAGUUGAGGAAGAUGCUUUUUUUCUACCAUCCAUUGAGCCGAAGCGGGUGAAACCCAUAUGGGCUGGAACAUCUCCAUCCUUCACAGAUUCAAAUAAGCGCAUUUUAGGCCCUCCCAUUUCAGUUGACGUAAUCGGUGUUGUUACAAAUAGACACUCCACAAAAUCUCGCAAGUCAAAAGAUGAUGUGAAGUAUGAGGCGAGCAAACGCAUUAAAAAAGAACAGGAAUCCUUUCGAAAAUAUCUCGUAGAUAUAAUCACCGAUGGAAAGCAGCCCAUCUUCGAGAGCUAUAUCAGUAGGAAUCUUCCUCCGCCGAUUGAAGAUGGAACUGGAGUUGGAAUUAGUAAACGGGAGAGGAGCAUUGCUAGGUAUUACUACUAUAUAUACAAUGGGAUUGACACAGAUCAUGUUGCUCCUAUGGAGGAAAGUUGGAUGAUGAAUAUGAAGAAGCGUAUUCGUCCUUCUGUAAAGGCGGAAGCAAAUGAUAAGCUGAUGGAACAAAUUGAAGAUGAAAUCCGUGAGGAUUACCUGCUAAGUGUGAAAAAGGCAAUAGUGGACUUUGUCCUAAAGGAUCCCUCUGACCCCAACAUAGAUGGUCUCCACAAACAGGAAACAGAAGAAGUUACCGCAAAGUUGGAACAUCGUCGAGAGCUGGAAGUUGUGCCUAAGCCGUGGCACGGUUCCUUCCUCAUUGCACAGCGCUUCUGUCGGGUGCACGUGCAUGUAACCAACCGGUGCAUGUUGCAAGUCCUCGAUCUCUGGUUCUCACAAUUUAACAAUCUUCGCCUCAUCGAUCCCCACGAAUUCUACAAAAAGACCUCUGCAAUGGAGCUCUCUGCAUUUCAACAUGCCUGUGUCAAAAAUAUAGACUCUGCCAAGGAAAUACUGUUGAAGAAGUGGCUAAACGAAGUGCAGGGGAUUUUCUACCAAGGCAAUAGAAGGGGUUAUGUGCCUGCCAACAGUGAAAUGACCAGGUUGGAGGAGUUCUUUAGGUGCGCAGCUGUGCUAAUGACUGGCAACUUGCAAUUGUUGGGCCUUAAUUCGAUGCAGGACUUCACUCGUUUACUCUGUAGUCCACCUACUGAUAGCCUCGAGCAAAUGUCGGGAUUUGUUCUUCGGUUGGUGCUGGAGGAUAAGCAAAUUAAAUUCGACCCAACAAUAGAGGAGUUUGAAGAAAGCAUGAUGAAUCUGUUUGACAGGAUGUUCCAAGUGGUUCAGAGCAUUCCUCGCAUCGAGACACGUUUGUACGCUGAUUGGGUCACCCUUCAUCCUGUUAUCCUUCCCGAAGUUUUUGAGUCUUACAAGAACCAAGUCAGAAAUACACUCAAAAAAGAGUCUCGUGGACCCGAGCAUUAUCUUCAGACCUAUAGUAAAUACGAAUCUCUCAUAAACCGAAAGGCCGAGCUGAACAUAGAAGCCCUUCUCAACCCAAGCGAGUCGUCUUCGUCUGACUCAGGUAAAAAGCGUCAAGAUGAUGGAAGUGGCAGUGACGAAACUGUUGAGGAGGACGACGAACUGGAGUCUCUGGAGGACGCCGAUGGAGGAGGCGAGAAGGGCCACGUUCAGAGUGCGGACAAAGCACACGAUAGACCGAGGGGACCAUCCUUUGACGAUCUGACCGUGGAGCUGUUGCGCUACCGCCACCUUACCAAGAGGAUCCAGUACGAGUCCCGUCGCAUCAUCCGACUCGGUAUGUUCGAGGUUCACGCGGACGAGUUAAUCCGUGCCCUCGUGAAGAGGGCCGAAGGCAUUGCUGACAAAGUCCUGGAUCGUAUUCUCGAGGAACAUCGGAACAUCAACAGAUCUCUUAUCCGGCAAUAUGAGGACAUUGCAUCGAAAGCCUUAUCCAUUCCUGCCAGUACGGCUGAAAUGAUGGAUUUGAUUGAGUAUGUUAAAAAGACCGAAACUGUUACUAUGGCGAGAAUGGAGCGGGAGUUGGACCACUCCAAGGAUCGACUUCUAUUUCUCAUGGACCAUGCUCAGAUGAACCCCUCUGACAUGCGGAUGAUUGGCCAAGUAUUCGAGUGGCAUUCGCGCAUGGCUGACAUUUUUGAUGAGCAUAGAAAUGUAAUGCGUCAAAAGCGCAUUGAAUUUGAAAACAACCUACGCUACCGAAGGGAAAGGUUCCAUGAAGAAUUAGAUAGUUACAGAAAACAGGUUGAUGAAUUUCAGCAUUUCGGGGACUUGCAAGAAAUGGUGCGCUAUCUUAAGAAGGCGCAAGCUCUCGAUGAACGACUGGAGGUGGCUUUGACUAAGAUUGAUGCCUUCAAUGCCGAAGAGACUGCCUUUGGAUGGACCUUGACGAGUUAUCCUCUGAGAUUAGAAACCCAGACCAUUCUAAAACCCUACCUCAGGCUUUAUGAGACUACUGUGGAGUUCAAUAACAAGAGCAAAGAAUGGAUGGAUGGUCCUAUGGAGAAGGUGGAUCCAGAGACCGUUGAUGCAGAUGUAGCAAACUACAAUCGCACCUUGUUUAAGCUAGAGAAGACCUUUGAACAGAUUCCAGCCCCUCGAAAAAUCGCCAGCAAAAUACGGCUCAGAGUGGAGGAGUUUAAGGAACAUCUACCGCUGGUGAUGACACUGUUUAAUCCAGGUUUAAAGGAAAGACAUUGGCAACAGAUUUCUGAUGUUGUGGGGUACACUCUUCGUAACGAGGAAGGAAUGUGCUUAGCUAAACUAAUAGACAUGAAUCUCGAAAGCUUUAUCCCUAAGUUUGAGUCCAUUUCUGAGGCUGCUACCAAAGAAUUCAACUUGGAGAAGGCUUUAGCCAAAAUGAAGAAAGAAUGGGAACCGCUUGAAUUCACACUCUUGCCGUAUCGGGACAGCGGUACCUACAUUGUGUCGGCGGUUGAUGAUAUUCAGCUAAUUCUUGAUGAUCACAUUGUAAAGGCUCAGACAAUGCGUGGAUCACCCUUCAUCAAGCCCUUUGAAAAUGAAAUAAGGGAAUGGGAAGCAACCCUUGUAUUAACUCAAGAUGUUUUGGACGCCUGGCUCAAGGUGCAGGCGACUUGGCUUUACUUAGAACCCAUCUUCAGUUCACCAGAUAUAAUGGCUCAAAUGCCCGACGAAAGUCGCAAAUUCACAUCUGUGGACAAGACAUGGAAGGAACUCAUGAAGCUUGCUGUCGCGGAUCCCCAUGUCCUUGCCGUCAUUAAGAUCGAUAAGAUGCUAGAAAAGUUUCGCAAGGCGAAUGACUUCCUUGAAAUCAUCCUCAAGGGCCUAAAUGCAUACCUAGAGAAAAAGCGGCUUUGCUUUCCCCGCUUCUUCUUCCUCUCUAAUGAUGAGCUGCUUGAAAUCCUCUCCGAGACCAAGGAUCCAACUCGUGUACAGCCUCAUCUUAAAAAGUGCUUUGAAGGCAUCGCUAGACUUAACUUUACGGAGGAUCUGGAAAUUACACACAUACGCAGCAGUGAAGAUGAGGUUGUUAUGUUAAAGGACGUUAUCUCCACUGCAAAAGCACGUGGAGCAGUUGAGAAAUGGCUUAUUGAAUUGGAAAGCGAUAUGACUGCAUCGGUACGCUUGAAUAUCCUCAGUUGUUUGGAGGACUAUAUGCAAACUACAAGAAGGGAUUGGGUAAAACAUUGGUGUGGACAAGCUGUCUUGGCCAUCACGAUGACGUAUUGGACCUCCAACUGCACCAAUGCUAUCAAUAAAGGCCUGAAAGAGCUUGUCUCAUACAUGCAGGAAAACACGCGGCAAAUUGAGGAGAUUGUUGAGAUGGUGCGCGGUAAACUUUCAAAGCAGAAUCGGACGACACUGCAGGCACUGAUCGUCCUGACUGUGCACGCGCGUGAUGUGGUGCAGACGCUGGUGGACGAGAAGGUCAGAAGUGAUACGGAGUUCCCUUGGCUCAGCCAAUUACGCUAUUAUUGGGAAAAGGACCAAUUACAAACACGUAUGAUCAACUCGACUCUUGCUUACGGUUAUGAGUACCUGGGAAACACGCCUCGCCUGGUCAUCACUCCACUGACGGACCGGUGCUACCGUACACUGUUUGGAGCGCUUCAUCUGCACCUAGGUGGCGCUCCUGAGGGUCCCGCAGGCACAGGCAAAACAGAAACCACAAAAGACCUCGCCAAGGCCGUUGCUAAGCAAUGCGUCGGUUUGGCUUCCUGUGGUGCUUGGUCGUGCUUUGACGAGUUCAACCGCAUUGAUUUGGAGGUGCUGUCCGUUGUUGCUCAGCAGAUUUUGACCAUUCAGAUAGCCAUAAAUUCUGGGAAGGAUAGACUCGUUUUUGAAGGCACCGAACUUAUUCUCGACCCAACAUGUGCUGUCUUCAUUACCAUGAACCCAGGGUACGCCGGUCGCUCAGAAUUACCGGACAACCUGAAGGCACUCUUCCGUUCGGUGGCAAUGAUGGUACCAGACUACGCAAUGAUUGCAGAAAUUUCACUAUAUUCCUGCGGAUUUGUCACUGCACGACCGUUGGCUGUCAAGAUUGUUGCCACCUAUCGGUUGUGCUCUGAACAGCUCUCCAGCCAACCCCACUACGAUUAUGGCAUGAGAGCGGUUAAAUCAGUACUCACCGCUGCUGGCAACUUAAAACUCCAAUACCCAGAUGAUAACGAAGACGUGUUAAUGCUUCGCUCUAUAAUUGAUGUCAACUUGCCCAAGUUUUUGAACCAUGACUUACCUCUCUUUCACGGCAUCACUUCUGACCUCUUUCCGGGAAUCAAAUACCCUGACCCCGACUAUGCGAUUCUCAAUAACGCUGCCAAGCGCGCUUGCAAUCAUAUGAAUUUACAAUGCACCGAUUUUUUUUUGACGAAAAUCCAGCAAAUCUACGAAAUGAUGAUCGUUCGACACGGGUUCAUGAUCACUGGCUAUCCGUUUGGUGGUAAAACCAGUGCUUAUCGAGGGCUGAUGGACGAAAAUAAGGUUCAGAUUACAGUGCUAAAUCCAAAGUCCAUCACGAUGGGUCAGUUGUAUGGUCGGUUUGACCCAAACUCCCAUGAGUGGUCCGACGGUGUCCUAGCUGUCUCCUACCGAGCUUUCGCAGUGUCUCAAACUCCAGAUCGAAAGUGGUUGGUGUUUGAUGGUCCUGUGGAUGCUGUCUGGAUUGAGAACAUGAAUACAGUCUUGGACGACAAUAAGAAGCUUUGUCUCAUGUCUGGUGAAAUAAUCCAACUGGCGCCUACCACCAAUCUCAUUUUUGAGCCGAUGGAUUUGGAAGCAGCCUCUCCAGCCACAGUCUCACGUUGCGGUAUGAUCUACAUGGAGCCCAGCAGUCUUGGUUGGAGACCAAUUAUGCGUAGUUGGCUGGCCAAAGUACCUCCUGGACUGAAAGAAGCUCAAAAGAAGAUUAUCGAAAACAUGGCUGAGCGCUUUAUUGACGCAGGUCUGGCUAUGGUUCGCAAAGGUGCUGGGAAGGAACUCUCACCAACAACAGACAUAAACUUAGUCAGAAGUCUUACUAAUCUGAUUGACUGCCAACUUGACGACUUCAAGGAGCCGGAUGUUAUUACCUAUAAUGGUGAAGACGGUAUCAACUGUAUUAUAGAGUGCAUCUUUCUGUUCUCCUACGUGUGGUCGAUUGGUGCCACGAAGGAUGACACGGGUCGUAAGCGGUUCGACAAGUUGACCCGCGAGCUCAUGAACGGAGGCAUGACCGAAGACACCCAGCGAUAUCUGGCUUUUGUGGAGCAGGUUCCUCCCCCAAUGGAGGAUUAUAAGUUUCCUUUCCCCAUCAAAGGAAGUGUCUAUGAUUAUCGUCUCGACUUCACUUACCCAGUGAAGUGGAUACAAUGGCGCGAGAUUGUGCGUACCAUGCCCGCCAUUCCUAAGGAUGCCACUUUUAACGAGAUUAUUGUCAGCACGGUGGACACUGUGCGAACGAUGAAGCUGCUCGACCUUCUCGUGAAGCACCGCAAGGCCUGUCUCUUUGUCGGGCCCACGGGUACCGGGAAAUCGUGCUAUAUAGUGGCAAGUAAUUUUCUUUUUAACAUUUUGGAUAAAAACGUUUACAAGCCGAACGUAAUCAACUUCUCGGCACAAACUAGCGCUAAUCAGACACAGAAUAUGAUAAUGGGGAAGUUGGAUCGUCGCCGGAAGGGAGUAUUUGGACCGCCUGUUGGAAAACGAAUGAUCUGCUUUGUUGACGACUUAAACAUGCCUGUGCGGGAGAUCUAUGGGGCCCAACCACCCAUUGAGCUGCUCCGUCAAUGGCUCGAUCACGGUAAUUGGUAUGACUUAAGGGACAAUUCGGUCUUGAAAUUAAUCGACCUCCAGUUUGUGGGUGCAAUGGAUCCACCAGGCGGUGGACGUAAUCCUGUGACUCCUCGAUUUCUGCGGCACCUAAACACAAUUGCGAUAAACGAUUUCUCCGAGGAUACCAUGAAAACUAUUUUUAACAAAAUUUUGAACUGGCACUUUAUGGUUCACAAUUUUUCGAAGGAAUUCAGCUCGGAUUUGGCUGAUAUGUUAGUGACUGCCACAUUUGAGGUUUACCAACAAUCCACUUUAAAUCUGCUGCCGACCCCGGAGAAGUCGCACUACCUCUUCAACCUACGCGACUUCAGCCGCGUCAUUUACGGCCUGAUGCUGAGUCGACCUGAAUCAACGGCCGCUCCAGUUUCAUUGAAGCGUCUCUGGCUUCACGAGGUACACCGAGUCUACUACGAUCGUCUCAUUGACGACUCGGAUCGCUUGUGGUUCUUUGAGAUGGCCAAAAAUAUUCUCAAGGACAAAUUGGAUGUUGAUUUGAAUAAGCUCUGUAGAAAUCUAGCUGAUAAAAGUGGUGAGGUGACUCAGGAUAGUUUGCGCUCCCUGAUGUUUUGUGAUUUUGUGGAUCCAAAGGGAGAUCGACUCUACGUGGAAGUGCCUGACGUUGAGGCAUUGCGUAAGAUUGUAGAAGGUUUCCUAAACGAAUACAAUUCAAUGAGCAAGAAACCAAUGAAUCUGGUCCUAUUUCGCUUUGCCAUUGAGCACGUCUGCCGCAUCACUCGCAUCCUUAAGACCCCAAGGUCUCACGCCCUCCUCGUUGGUGUUGGAGGCUCCGGAAGACAGUCUCUCACCCGGCUUGCCGCUCACAUCUGCGAUUAUGACCUCUUCCAAGUGGAACUAUCCAAAGCUUAUGGUAUGAACGAGUGGAAUGAAGACAUCAAACGCAUCUUGCGAAAGACCACAGAGACGGAGAAUCACGGUGUCUUCCUCUUUACUGACACUCAGGUGAAGCAGGAAUCGUUCGUGGAAGAUCUAAACAACCUUUUGAAUGCUGGAGAGGUACCUAACCUCUUCCCUCCCGAUGAGAAGCAGGAAGUGUGCGAGAAAAUGCGUGUUCUUGAUAGGCAACGCGACCGAAGCAAGCAGACUGACGGCUCACCAGUGGCUCUCUUUAAUUACUUUAUUCAAAAGACUCGGGAUCAGCUUCACGUGGUCCUUGCAUUCAGCCCUAUCGGCACUGCCUUCAGGCAAAGACUCAGAAUGUUCCCAUCGCUGGUCAAUUGUUGCACAAUAGAUUGGUUUCAUUCAUGGCCUGAGGAUGCACUGACAGCUGUCGCAACAAGGCAAUUACAGUCCGUAGAGAUGUCUCCAGAAGUUCGACAAGGCUGCAUCAAUCUGUGCAAGUACUUCCAUACAAGUACUCAAGACCUAUCCCUUCGAUAUCGACUGGAGUUGGAAAGGCAUAACUAUGUCACCCCGACAUCUUACCUUGAACUCAUUUCUACUUUUAUAACACUUUUGGACGAGAAGAGGAAGUCCGUGCUGACCCAGAAAAGUCGGUACGAAGUGGGUCUGGAGAAGCUAGGCAGCGCAGCGGAGGACAUCACUUUAAUGUCGAAGGAGUUGAUGGAGCUGCAACCGAAGUUGCUGCAGGCGAGCAAGGAGGUGGACGCAACUAUGGCGAUAGUGGAGAAGCAGAGCACUGAAGCAGCUAAGCAAGAGAAGGUGGUGCGAGCUGAUGAGGCGGUAGCCAACGAACAGGCUAGCGCUGCGCAGGCUAUUAAACAGGAAUGUGAUGAUGACCUUGCUGGGGCCAUUCCCAUUCUUGAGGCAGCUCUCAAGGCCCUUGAAACUCUUACUCCCGCAGAUAUAACAAUUGUGAAGACCAUGAAGUCGCCCCCAAUGGGUGUCCGGCUGGUCAUGGAAGCGGUUUGUGUACUGAAGGGUGUCAAACCGGAUAAAAUUAACGAUCCUGGUGGUUCUGUAAAAAAAAUUGACGAUUUUUGGGGCCCAUCCAAGAGACUUCUUGGCGACAUGAAGUUCUUGGAACACUUGAAGACCUACGACAAAGACAACAUUCCCGAGGCGAUUAUUAAGACGAUUCGCGAGAAGUAUAUUCCCAAUCCGGACUUUAAACCUGAAAGAAUUGCCGUUGCCUCCACAGCAGCUGAGGGUCUCUGUAAGUGGGUCAUUGCUAUCGACGCCUAUGAUAAAGUUGCAAAGAUUGUUGCACCCAAGAAGAUUGCUCUUGCGAAGGCUAUGGAAGAAUAUAAUGCCGCUACGGAGGCCCUCAAUAAAAAGCGAGCCGCCCUCAAGAUUGUGCAAGAUAAGCUUCAGGCCCUCACCAAUGAACUUAACGUUAACAAACAGAAGAAGAUUGAUCUUGAAAAUAAGGUGGACAUCUGUACAAAGAAAUUGGAACGCGCCGAACAGCUAAUCGGCGGCUUGGGUGGUGAGAAGCAACGGUGGACUGACAAUGCCAAGAGCCUUGGGGAACAAUAUACCACUCUUACAGGGGAUAUUCUAGUCUCCAGUGGAGUGGUAGCCUAUUUGGGCGCCUUCACUCCUAUAUUUAGAGCUGAGCAAGCGGGUGAUUGGCUUGCAAAGGUCCAAGCUUCGGUGAUACCGUGCUCUGAUGUGUUCAGUCUCGUCGCCACUCUCGGUAGCCCCGUGGCUAUCAGAGCUUGGAACAUCGCCGGUUUACCAACAGACGACUUUUCCAUCGAAAACGGUAUUAUAACAACUACGGCCCGCAGAUGGCCACUCAUGAUCGAUCCACAAAUGCAGGCAAAUAAGUGGAUUAAGAACAUGGAAAAGAAGAAUAACCUGGUUAUUUUGAAACUGUCGGACAGUGAUUUUGUUCGAAGUAUGGAGAACAGCAUUCAAUUUGGGAUACCAGUGCUACUAGAGAAUGUGGGCGAGGAGUUGGAUCCCGUGCUGGAGUCAGUCCUUUUGAAGCAGACUUUCAAGCAAGGCGGUGCUCUGUGCAUUAAAUUGGGGGAUUCAGUCAUAGAAUACUCACCAGAGUUCAGAUUCUACAUUACAACGAAGCUUCGAAAUCCUCACUAUAUGCCUGAGGUUGCAGUAAAGGUUACUUUGGUGAACUUCAUGAUUACCAGCGAAGGUCUUAAUGACCAAUUACUAGGCAUUGUGGUAGCUCGUGAGCGGCCUGAGCUGGAAGACGAGAAGAACAAACUCAUUCUUCAAGGUGCCGCAAAUAAGAAGAAGUUAAAGGAACUGGAGGAUCAGAUCCUUACUGUGCUCUCUGCAUCAGAAGGCAACAUUCUAGAAGACGAGAGUGCUAUCCAGGUUCUAAACUCCUCCAAGGAGCUCUCAAAUGAGAUCGUGGAAAAGCAGUCUUACUUCGAAGAGACAGAGAAGAAGAUUGAUGCCGCCAGGAUGGGCUACCUUCCCAUCGCCAUUUAUACCUCCGUUCUCUUUUUCUCCAUUGUUGAUAUGGCCAAUAUUGACCCAAUGUAUCAGUAUUCCCUUUCCUGGUUCAUAAAUCUUUUCAACUUAGCCAUUGAAAACUCAGACAAAUCAGACGAUUUACAACAGCGCUUAGAAAUCUUGAAAGACUACAUCACGUACUCACUCUAUUGCAACGUUUGUCGAUCCCUAUUCGAAAAAGACAAACUGCUCUUCUCCUUUCUGUUGGUGAUAAAUUUAGGUAAACAUAGAAACGAAAUAAACGAGGCAGAAUGGCGAUUUCUCCUCACUGGUGGCGUUGGUCUUGACAAUCCGCACUCCAAUCCAUCGUCUUGGCUUCCGGCAAAGCAGUGGGAUGCACUCUGUCGUAUGUCAGCACUCCCUAGAUUCACCAAGCUCAGAGAGAAUUUCACCAGUCGGUUAUCACAAUAUCAAGCAAUUUAUGAUCACCCAAAUCCACACACCAUCCCUCUCCCCAAACCGUACGACGAAGAGAUUACAGACUAUCUCGGUAAAAUGCUCUUCGUCCGCAUUCUUCGUCCUGACAGGAUGACUUCCAUCGUUCAGGACUAUGUUGCUGACUAUCUUGGAAAAAAAUUCAUUGAACCUCCACCGUUUGACCUGCCUGGAUCUUUUGCGGACUCCAAUAGCACCACACCUCUGCUGUUUGUGCUUUCACCUGGCUCCGAUCCCAUGGCUGCGCUACUCAAAUUUGCAGACGAUAUCGGUUUCGGUGGCACCAAGUUCGAAUCUCUCUCACUAGGUCAAGGUCAGGGCCCUAUUGCCCAGAGGAUGAUGGGCAGUGCCAUCAAGGAAGGGACGUGGGUUCUCUUGCAGAACUGUCACCUGGCUCCUUCUUGGAUGCCCACCUUGGAGAAGCUUGUAGACGAGAUCGAGCCGAAUACCACUCAUCCCGAUUUCCGACUCUGGUUGACCAGUUACCCUAGUGCCAAUUUCCCAGUGACUAUUCUUCAGAAUGGAGUCAAAAUGACCAACGAACCUCCAAAGGGCCUAAGAUUCAACCUCUGGCGAUCCUACCUAAGUGAUCCCAUCGCUGAUCCAGAGUUCUUUUCCACUUGUCUGAAGCAGGGCAUUUGGAAGAGGAUGCUUUAUGGUCUGAUCUUCUUCCAUGCUGUGGUACAGGAGAGGAGAAAAUUUGGACCCCUGGGAUGGAAUAAUCUUUACGAAUUUAACGAAACCGAUUUGCGCAUUUCUGUCCGACAGCUGCAUAUGUUCCUCAAUCAAUACGAUACAAUCCAUUACGAGGCACUCCGAUACCUGACGGGAGAAUGCAAUUACGGCGGUAGAGUAACGGACAGUUGGGAUCGGCGCACUCUUAUGACCAUAUUGGAAAAAUUUUACUGUCCUGCCCUGGUUGACGAUCCAGACUAUAAAUUUGACGAAAGUGGACUUUAUUUCGUCCCGUCUGAACGGAGCUACGAAGAAUACAUUGAUUUUAUCAAAACGCUUCCAUUAAAUCCUUCUCCGGAGAUCUUUGGAAUGCAUCCAAAUGCCGACAUAACCAAAGACAAUCAGGAAACGGCACUGCUUUUCAACAGCGCCCUUCUCACUCAGUCAAAAGGGAGUUCAUCAUCAGGAGCCUCCCAGGACGAGAUCUUAGAGGGCGUGACAGCGGGUAUCCUCAAUCGUCUCCCUGAGAACUUUGACCUCGAGAUGACCUUGCGAAAGUAUCCUACCCUCUACGAGCAGAGCAUGAACACGGUACUGGUCCAGGAAUUGACACGCUUUAAUCGGCUACUGGACAUAAUUCGUACCAGCCUGACUGAUCUACGCAAAGCCAUUAAGGGUCUGAUUGUGAUGUCACCCGAUCUUGAGAAUGUGGUCGUCUCCAUACUUGAGUCUAAAAUUCCCGCAAUGUGGAUGGCCAAGUCCUAUCCUUCACUCAAACCACUAGGCUCCUAUAUCAACGAUUUCUUACUACGGAUUCAAUUCUUUCAGGAGUGGUACGACAACGGUGCGCCACCAAGCUUUUGGAUCUCCGGCUUCUUCUUUACACAGGCUUUUCUUACUGGUGUGCAGCAAAACUACGCUCGAAAAUAUGCGAUUCCUAUUGACCUGCUUACUUUCGAUUUUGAGGUCUUGGAAGACCAAGAAUUCAGUGAACCACCCACAGAUGGUGCCUACGUCUACGGACUCUUCCUUGACGGGGCCCGAUGGGACAGAGCCAAGAAAGUAGUUGAUGAGUCGCUCCCAAAAGUUUUGCAAGAUCCAGUACCGACGAUACAACUGAUACCGAUACAGAAGACUGACCUUGUACCACGCCGCACCUACCAGACUCCGGUCUACAAAACAAGUGAGCGUCGUGGUGUCCUCUCAACCACUGGCCACUCUACCAACUUUGUGCUCGCUAUGGAUCUACCGACAGAGAAGGCACCUGAGCACUGGAUCCUGCGCGGAGUUGCUCUGCUUUGCCAACUGGAUGAUUAG